AAAAUAAUAAAGAUACAAUAAAAUGGAGCAGUGUCCGAAGACAGGCGUAGAUUUAAAAAAGAAUCUAGCGAACGCAACGGAUGAUGAAAGUGCCUAUGUAAAGGUGGAAGAUGAAACGAAGACUGGAGUAGAUCUGGACAAGAUAUUAGUGGAGGAGAUAGGAGAGUUCGGAUGGUUCCAGGUCAGGACGAUCGUGUUGGCAGCUCUAGUCGUCAUCUUCAGUGGGAUAGCGUCCAGCGAAUACGUGUUUACGACGGGCAGGAUUAACACGAGAUGCCUCAUCCCCGAAUGCGAAUCCUCCGACCAGCCGGCCGAGUUCUCUCCCUCGUGGAUCCUGAACGCCGUCCCGGCCUCCGGCAGCUCGUUCGACGGGUGCCAGCGCUUCGCCAACGUCUCGGCUGGCGGUGGGAGCUCUGCUACAUGCCCUGCUGACCUGUUCGACAGGGAUACCCUCGUCGAUUGUGAGGAACACGUUUAUGAGAACACGGAUACUAUUGUGUAUGAUUUCGGAUUGGCGUGUCAGGAAUGGAUGCGCUCCUUCAUCGGCUCUGCGCACACAUUCGGCACACUCACCGCUCUACCCAUCACAGGUUUCGUGUCAGACCGAUGGGGUCGCCGUACAUCUCUAGCCCUGAACGCAAUCAGCCGCGCUGUCCUGGGGUUGCUCCGCUCGUGGGUCAACGCCUACGUGCCCUUCACUCUUCUCCAGUUCCUUGAAGCUACGUUUGGUUCUGGAGUGUUCUCCUGCGCCUAUAUUCUCGUGAUGGAACUGCUGGGGCCACGACUACGCGUAGCAGGAGGUGCCGCAAUGAACACCUUCUUCUCCAUCGGCAACAUCUGCUGCGGCCUUCUCGCCUGGGCCGUGAACGACUGGCGGCGGCUCACGCAAGUCAUUUACAGCCCCAUGUUCAUCACCAUCUUCUACUUCUGGAUCAUCCCCGAGUCCGUCCGCUGGUACAUGAGCAAGGGAAGAUAUGAGGAAUCUGAAGCUGUGCUUAAAACAGCCGCGCGCGUCAACGGAGGGCGCUUAUCUGACAAAUCUUUACAAGCUUUGAGAGAGUCUGCUGAAGAAGAGAAGAGGAAAAAACCUACAGAAGAACUUGAAAAAGCUACUGAGCCUUGGUUAAUAGUUCAAGUGUUCAGACAUAAGCAGAUCUUGAUCCGCUGCAUAGUAUCACCUGUUUGGUGGGUGACAAACACUUUCAUUUACUACGGUCUGUCAAUCAAUGCUGUGAACAUGUCAGGGAAUCGUUACUUGAACUACGUGGCGGUGGCCGCGGUGGAGAUCCCUGGAUACUGGACGUCGAUGUUCCUGAUGGGGAAGAUCGGGAGAAAGCCGGUGCUGAUCGGAGCGUUCUGGGUGUGUGCUGCUUGCCAGGCGGCUUAUGUCUUCAUGCCGGCAAGUUACUACGGGCUAUCUCUGACAGUAUACCUGAUCGGCAAGUACGCCAUCGCGAUGGUGAUGACGGCGGUCUACGUGUACACCGCCGAACUGUACCCGACCAAGUAUCGCCACAGCCUGUUCGCUUUCUCCUCUAUGAUCGGUAGAAUUGGCUCUAUUCUGGCUCCUCUCACUCCUGCCAUGGCCGACUCAACAUUCGACGAGUUCCCAUUUGUGCUGUUCGGCUGUUUCGCGCUCGUGUCCGGGGCGCUGGUGUUCGUGACUCCGGAGACGCUUGGCACCACGCUUCCGGACACCAUGGACGAGGCUGAUAACAUUGGGAAGAAGCAGCCGAAAUAGA